ACGAUCGGCCGUUCUCGUCUCUCCGUCGUUCUUCAUCCCCACUGCAACUUCGCGGUUCGAGCUUUCAAGCUCACGGAAUCGAGUCCUCUGCCUCAACCCCGAGGAACGCAAAGUUGAAGACAAGCUCUCGAGGAGCUCCCGCCUUCCGAAGCAAUGCCGCUCUCGCUUCUCUUCCACCACCACGCACCUCUUCCUCCGCCGCUCGCCCGGCCAAUCGCCGCCGCUCAACUUGGCUCGGCGUGUCCUCCGGGUAUCGUCGGACCAUUCCCUCCGCCUCUCCCGCAGGCAGGUGUAGCGGUGACGCGGAGAGCGAGAACAGUGAGGUGCAUGGCGAACCCGAGGAGGGUGAAGAUGGUGGCGAAGCAGAUUAGGCGCGAGCUCUCCGAUAUGCUGCUCACGGAUAAGGUGUUGCAGUACGCGAUACUGCCUGAAGCCGCCCUCGGAGCGGACCGUUAUCUCUCUUCACUCACUACUAUCAGCGACGUCGAGGUUUCAGCUGAUUUACAGGUGGUUAAAGUAUACGUGUCUGUUUUCGGUGAUGAAAGAGGUCGGGAAGUUGCGAUCGCUGGGUUGAAGUCAAAAGCUAAGUACGUGCGCAGUGAAUUGGGCAGGCGUAUGAAGUUACGGUUGACUCCGGAAGUACGCUUCAUAGAAGAUGAGUCUUUAGAGAGGGGAAGCAGGGUGAUUGCUAUAUUAGAUAGGAUAAAGGCUGAGAAAAAGAUGGAAGAAGAUGAGGAUGAUGAACAAGUUAGACCAUCAGAUGGAUCUCAAGAUAAUCAAGAUUGGGAAGGUGAUGACCCUGAUGAAGGCAUCAUAUAUGUUGACUAAAAACCUCCCAUGGUUUAUUCAUGAUUAGAGUCAUGGGGCCUGCACAUGCAUUUCCUAAUUGAAAGGUCUGGCAAGCCCAUCUCAAGAGCGGUUACAACCGUUUAGAGUUUCAUCAUGCUGUUCCUCCGGCUUACUUUGUGCAAGAUAUUUCACAAGCAGGGCAUGAAAAGUCUCAUCAUGCACACUAACCUUGGGACACGGAUAUCGGAUGAUGGACCUAAAUUGCAUGUUGCUAGGCGGAAUGGAAAUGUUACUUUUGAGUCUGUAAAUUAUUUCAAAACCCAUGAAUGUGUGUAGAAGUGUACAACUUUGAUGGUGUCUAUGCAUGGCCUUCUUUCCUUGCUACCACAAAAGGAUGUUAAGCAGCUUUAUUAGCAUAUGGGAAGGGAAAAUAUCGACUGAAAUGCAUUUGUGAAGUCGAAUUACAAGACCAAUUGAGGUUCAUUUUGGUACAAUGGAAUAUAUUAAUGCA